GUGGAGACUGUUGCCUCCGUUGGAUAUUUUGGCAUGAGACAGAGCCAAGGAUGGUGUCACUCAAGCAAUCCCUGGAUCAACUAUUUAAUGGCUAGCUAUACUGCUCAGAAACAUUUCCUUUUUCUCAAAAGCUGAUCCGAGAGGCUGGAAAGCGGACAUUAAUAAUUUCCUAGCAGCAGCAAGUAUUAAGGAGAGAUCGUCAAGCACAAGGUACAUUUUUUAAUUCAGGAGAAUUAAACUGUUCCGCAUCCUCCAAGGAUUCAACCAGGAACGCUGAUAUCAAGUGACCGCCAUCAUGUCGCUUGAAGAUAACUUCACUGAAUAUUUUGAGAACUAUGAAGAAGAUGAAACUCCUGAGUUCUACCUCAGUGGUGCCCAAAUUGCCUCGCUUGUGUUGCACAGUGUGGCUUUCCUGCUUGGCGUGCCCGGCAAUGCUCUAGUCAUCUGGAUCAUGGGUUUUAAGUGGGACAAGACUGUUACUUCUCUCUGGUUUCUUAACCUGGCCAUUGCAGACUUGAUCUUUGUCUUAUUCCUGCCCCUUUACAUUGCAUACAUGGCCCUGGACUUCCACUGGCCCUUUGGGAAGUGGCUUUGCAAAGCAAACUCCUUCAUUGCUCUGUUCAACAUGUUUGCCAGCGUCUUCUUCUUGACGGCCAUCAGCCUUGACCGGUAUAUCCACUUGAUCCACCCAGCUUUCUCGUACAGGCACCGCACUCUCAAUAACACUCUCCGUCUGAUUUUGGCUAUCUGGAUUUUGGCUGCGCUCAUUGGCAGCCCGGCACUGUAUUUUCGAGACACACUUACACUACCCAGCAACAUCACCAUUUGCUACAAUAACUUUCACCCAGAUGACCUUGAGCUCAUUCUGCUCCAGCACCACGUUCUGACCUGGGUGCGGUUCAUCUGUGGCUAUCUCUUUCCCCUCUUAACCAUGAUCAUUUGUUACUCCCUUCUGGUCAUCCGGGUGAAGAAGAGUGCCGUAUUGACCUCCAGCAGGCUCUUCUGGACCAUUUUGGUUGUUGUGGUGGUUUUCUUCAUUUGCUGGACUCCUUACCAUAUAUUUAGCAUUCUUGAACUUUCAGCUCACCACAGUGACUACUUCCAUGACUUGUUUCGGGAUGCCAUUCCUCUUUCUGUCGGCUUUGCUUUUAUCAAUAGCUGCUUGAACCCCAUUCUUUACGUCCUGCUCAGCAAAAAGCUCCAGUUCUGUCCCAGAGUCACUUUUUCGGAAUUGGUGAAACACACAUUAUGGGAAGUCAGUCGUUCCAUGACAGUCAGCGAGCAAGCUUGGAACUCCAUCAGUCUACAGCCGUGCGAAAUCCCAGAGAUUGAGGUUUCUUUGAGUGAAGCAUGCACCUUGCCUGCAGAAGAAGGACACACACAAAAAUGAGAUGUGUUUGACCUCACUCCUUCCAGCGAGGAAGGAAAAUCUGUAACCCUACUAAACAGUUACAGCAUAUUCUCAGUUAAAGCACCCUCUUAUGCAUAUGUACUAAUAAUGAGUGCAGAUAAGCACAGUUAUCAGGUUCUGCAGAGUGGUCUUGAGAAGCAAGAUAUGUGAUCUGUGGUGCAUUAGCCCAUAUGCAUGGAGGAUACUGGCACUGGAAAAAAGCAGCGGAGGUUAUUAGCAAAUGGCUUUGUAAUACAAAAGAAGCAACAUCAUAUAGUCAUUCAUUAAGAGUUAAAUAAUGACUUUUAGGGUCCUUCCUGGCCGGCCCUAUAUCCCAGGAUCUGAACCCAGGUUUUUUGCUUUAAACUGGAUUAUAUGAGUCCACACUACCAGAUAAUCUGGGAUAAACAGAAAACCUGGGAUCAGAUCCUGGGAUAUAGGGACGGUCUGGAAGGACCCUAAGAGACCAAAUUGCCUUACCAAUGAGGGUACAUUUAACCUUGUCAGUUAAAUAUGUUUAUUUUUACAAAAGGGGCAAAAUCAUAUCUCUCUAAGCUUCUGAGUAUGUGAAAGCUAAAGGCUUAUGUGAGAGCUAGGGCAAACCUUUCCAAAGUAAGAGCCAUCCCUGUUUUACCUGUAAUCUUUCCUUUUGAAAGCAGACAUGCCCUUCCAGUCACUUCUGGUGACCCCUCCCCAAGGGCCCAGUGAGAUAGAAAAGGGCUCUCGGACUGUCUAAUAUUGAUAACACUUGCUUUUUGGAUUUUGUCCCUUGAUCUCUUCCUACGAGGGUUGAAUGAAAAGUAACGCCUCCACCUUCAUAACUCCUCAACAUAUGGCAGUACUGCUAUGCAGCAGGUACUGGC